CAAGACGGCUGAAAGCUGGGCGCUGACUGCGGCGCUCUAGCAGACCAUGGGGCGCGUCGCCACCGAGCGCUUCUCAUCGCUAUUGGGGUUAUGGCUGCUGCUGUGCAGCUGGGGGUGCCCUGGGAACGCCGAACUGCGGGCCCCACCAGAUAAGAUCGCCAUCAUCGGAGGAGGGAUCGGUGGCACUUCAGCAGCCUAUUAUCUGCGGCAGAAGUUUGGGAAAGAUGUGAAGCUGGACCUGUUUGAAAGAGGAGAGGUGGGGGGCCGGCUGGCCACCAUGAGCGUGGAAAAUCAAGAGUACGAGGCGGGAGGUUCUGUCAUCCAUCCGUUAAAUCUACACAUGAAGCGUUUUGUCAAAGACCUGGGUCUUUCUGCCAUUCCAGUGUCUGGUGGCCUCGUGGGCGUGUACGAUGGAGACACUCUGGUUUUUGAGGAGAGCAGCUGGUUUAUUGUUAACAUGCUGAAGCUCAUUUGGCGCUACGGAUUUCAGUCCCUCCGAAUGCACAUGUGGGUGGAAGACAUGCUGGACAAAUUCAUGAGGAUCUACCGCUACCAGUCUCAUGACUACGCCUUUAGUACUGUGGAAAAAAUGCUACAUGGUCUAGGAGGGGAUGACUUCGUUGGAACGAUUAACCGAACACUUCUUGAAAGCUUGCAGAAGGCAGGUUUCUCUGAGAAAUUCCUUAAUGAAAUGGUUGCUCCUGUCAUGAGGACCAAUUACGGCCAGAGCUUGGGCAUCAAUACUUUUGUGGGGGCGGUAUCAAUGGCCUGUACUGACUCUGGCCUUUGGGCAGUAGAAGGCGGCAAUAAACUAGUUUGCUCAAGGCUCCUCCAGGCUUCCAAAAGCAAUCUUAUUUCUGCCUCAGUAGUGUCGAUAGAGGAGAAAACAAGGACCAAGCAGACAGGAAGUUCCACGAAGGUAUAUGAAGUGGUCUACCAAACUGGAUCUGAGACUCGUUCAGACUUCUAUGACAUUGUCUUGAUAGCCACUCCAAUGAAUCAAAAAAUGGCCAACAUAACUUUUCUAAACUUCGAUCCUCCAAUUGAAGAAUUCCAUGGGUCCUUUCAACAGGUCGUGACAACUUUAAUUAAGGGGGAAUUGAAUUCAACUGUCUUUAGCUCUAGAGCCAAAGAUAAAUUUGGUCUUUCUGCAGUUUUAACCACUGAUAAUUCAGAUUUGUUCAUUAACAGUAUUGGGAUUACAGCCUCUGUAAGAGAGAAGGAUGGCCCUCAACCAUCAACGGAUGGAACACACGUUUGGAAGAUUUUUUCCCAAGAAACUCUUACUAAAGCACAAAUUUCAAAGCUGUUUUUGUCCUAUGAUUAUGCUGUGACGAGGUCCUGGUUUGCGAGUCCUCAGUAUAAGCCCCCCAAGAAAUGUCCUUCCAUCAUACUCCACGACAGACUCUAUUACCUCAAUGGCAUAGAGUUUGCGGCCAGUGCCAUGGAGAUGAGUGCCAUUGCUGCUAACAAUGCCGCCCUCCUUGCCUAUCACCGCUGGAAUGGGCAUGCAGACAUGAUUGACCAAGAAGACCUCUAUGAGAAACUUAAGACAGAGCUAUGAAGUGACACACACCCCCUCCCAGUUCCAAAUAUCUGUCACCGGCAAAAAGAGAAUGGACCUGAGUUUGUCAAAUAUUUAGCAGCUCCUGAGGAAAUAUGAGAUUCUAGUUUAAGUUUGAAGAUAAAAUUACUGCACUUAAUGCCAUCUCCCAAAUUGCCUUUUUUCCCACUGUUAGCAGUAUUUACUAAGUGUGUCUGCCUGGAAGAAUCACCAAUAAUUUCUUCAAUAGACUAAUGCUCAAGUUCCCUCGUUGGAGAUUCGGAUUCGGUCUGUCUGGGACUGGGGCCCUGGAUUUUGAUCAGAACCAGAGUAAGCUGAGCACUUCAAGGACCUGCAGCCACCUUCCAGACUCCUUCGUUUGCACUGCACAGAUGACAUAAUCAUCACGUGAAACUGCUGUCUCAAACCUGGCUUUGUUAACUUUCUGUGCCCAUGCCUCAGGUUCUGACCUUCAUAAAAAAUUUUGAUUGUGAGCUGAAACUCAAAUGUUUCAGAAACAUAACCUUAAGGUGUCGUACAAAAAUCUCAAAUAAGGUGAAAAGUACAGGUCAUUGAAUAAAAAAUUGGCAUUCUAUUAUUAAAUUUCUACUUGAACAUCCUGAUAAACACAACCAUGGGUUGUGAUUUAAUAGAUUGAGGAUUUGAAUGUGGUAGAUUUUUGUUCGUAAAGUGCAGCCAGGGUUGAGAGCAUUUAUGUGGGAGUUAAAACAUCUACAAAAGGGUUUUUAAUGCCUUUAGUCCUAAGACAUCCUGUGCACAAAGGAGAUUCAUUCACAAGCAGUGAUUUCUCUCCAUGAGAACUUUAGCAGGAGUAACCUUGACAGCAAGAAUCGGCAAGUCUACCACCAGAGGCACCUUAGAUAACUACAGAAUGGUUGGCAUUACUGCAGUAUACUCAGAAUAUUGAAUUUCUCAAUCUAAGUUGUCAAAAUUUAAAUGUCUCAAAGUUCUUAUUUUCUGGAUAGGAAUUGGGUGCUGAAAUCUAAAGGCAGUCGCUUCUUGGCCUUUUGGCUAAGAUCAAGUGAAAGGCGGUGGCUCUCAACCUUGAUGCACAUUGGAAUCACCUGUCGGGCUUUGAGUUUUCCAGGUGACUCUAAAAUGCAAAUUUGAGAACCAGUUCUACAUGUACUUUACAAAAGAUCAUGGACUCUUAUUGCCACUGGCAGAAGAGAACAAGUAAAAGCGUGUGUUCUAAAAAUGAUGGCAACUGAAUUACAGCAUACACUGCUGAAGUCCUUUAUCAAGUGUGACAGUACCACUGUUAACAAAAUAGUGCAAGAACAUUGGUUCUUAAUAAGCAUUAUUCUCUACUGCAGUUGUGAAUAAAACUGCCAAAAUUUAUUUGGAUUAGAAGCAGAAAUAAACUCAUGGUUUGUCAACAGAUCAGCUUUUUAAAAUUGUAUUCUUCAGUGUGUUAAGAAGCAUUCUAUUUUUGUUUUUGUGAUUUUAAUGGAAACAAUUUGUACAGCCUGUGGUACUAUUAUAUGAUACAGCAGUCCCCUCUUACCCAAUGGGGAUAUGAAUUAUAUAUAUUUACGGCUUAAUUUAUAAAUCAGGCAGAGUUAAAAAUGAAUAGUAAAACACAAUCAGAGCACUAUAAUAAAAGUUACUUAAAAGUUAGGAUUUGUUGCCAGAAUUUUCCCGUUUUUUAUGCUGUGGGCCUUAGAUAAUUAACUGUGGAAAACCAAACCACAAAGGGGACUACUGUCAAUAUUGGCAAAUACUCAUAAGACUUAAUUCCUAUCAUUUGCAAACUUUACAUUGGAAUAUAUUUCUGUGUGUAAGAAUACCAAGUUAAUGUUACUGGCAUUCAUUCUAUCGACCUAUUCAGAGUAAAUUUUGAUGUUGCUCUCAAAACAGGUGGUCAAAAUAUCAAACAUUAGGUGGUUUUAAUGCAACUGGUAUUAAAAGAAUACUUUUCUACUAAGAAAAAUACUAUUGAGCCUGCUAUGCUAGGCUUAUCUUAGGUAGAUUUAAGUAAUUGUAGUAUUAAAGAAUUAAUUUUAUUGGAAGAAAAAUACAGAGCUUGCUACUCUGAACUAUACUUUUUAUUUGUAAUUGGUAAAAAUGACCUGAGUUGGAAAGCCAAUUCAAUCCAUUUGUUCUGAGUAAGCAUCGGAUAUAGCUGGGGGGGGGGGGGCUUAUUACAUUGCUGGGUCCCACCUUCAGGCCUCAUUUGUUUCGUUACAAAAAUUUCCAUUUCUGUGAAGUUCCUAGGUGAUGUUAUAAUUCUACAGAUCACAGUUGGAGAUCUACAUGUCUGCAAAAAUGUCAAUGAAGAGCUAAAAGUUCAAGAAUGGAGGAACAAGAUGUGUAUUGGACUUCACGUCAACUCUACUGUCAUUCAGUCAGAUGUCUUUCUUUUGCUAUAAAGUUUCUAGGAACAAGAAAUAUUUUACACAGCCCAAUGUGAUCUGUACCUACCAACUUGGGUAUGCUUUAUAGUUUUAAAGUGAGUCAGGAUUUGCAGACUUUUUACCAGAUCACAGAAGUACAGGCCUUACUUGCUCAGUAACUUUAAGAUUAGGCUUGUAACACAACCAUCUGUAAUGUAUCUCCCUGGGCCAUGAAGAAACACUCAUGAAUUACUUGAAUAUCUGGAUAGCAUUCCCACUACCCUUUACUCACAAAUAACCACAAUACACUGGAAUGUUCUCCUCUGAAAUCCCAUGUCUACUCUUUAAUGCAAAUCCCUACCCCAUCCCAUGAUUACGUUCAAAAUAAACGACGUCAUUACUCCUUGUGGUUUA